AGUCGGCUUGGAUUGGGCCCAAUAAUUAUGGCCUGACUCGAGUUGGACUGCGUCUGCAUGUAUGCUGCUUCCCAACCCGUCCUACGCUUCUUCUCUUCCAUGGGGUUGUGAUGAAGCUUUGCCGCCUCCCCCUUCCCACCUCUUUGCCCUUCAAGCCCUUCCACACCGCCGCCGUAUCCAUCCUCGAAGACCAUCUCACUCCCGCCUCCGCCGCCAAUCUCUCUUCCCACCUCUCCCCUCCACCGGAAUCCCCGGCCUCCUCUGUCUCCAAUCUCACAACCCUCAUCUCCGCCACCCAGUCCGUCGGCGGAGCCGCUCAGAUCCACGCCCACCUCGCCAAGUGCGGCCUUUCAUUCGGCCCUCCUUUCCGCCACCACCUCCUCACCCUGUACUCCAGAUGCCGCUCCCCCGAAUCCGCCCGCAAGCUCUUCGACGAAUUCCCCGACCCGGACCACAUCUCCUGGUCCGCCCUCAUCUCCGCGUACUCCAACAACGGCCUCGGCCGCGAGGCGCUGUUGUCCUUCAGAAAGAUGCGAUGUUUGGGCGUUCGGAGCAACGAGUUCACACUUCCGUCCGUCCUCAAGGCCUGCUCUGUCUCCUCCGACUUCAUCGCUGGCACACUAGUCCACGCCUUCGUCAUAGUCACCGGGUUCGAGUCCGACGUCUUCGUUGCGAACACCCUCGUUGUCAUGUACGCCAAUUUCGGCCUCCUCUUAGAUUCCAAGAGAUUGUUCGACGGCAUUACUGACCGCAAUUCUGUCUCGUGGAACGGAUUGCUCGCAGGCUGUGUAAGGAAUGAGAGGUUCGAGGAGGCAGUGUCAUUGUUUCAGGAGAUGGUGAUGGAUGGAAUGAGGCCGAAUGAGUUUGGCUUCUCCUGCAUCCUAAAUGCAUGCACUGGCUCGCAGGAUUUAUCCUGCGGGAGGGCAGUUCAUGGCUACCUUACCAGGCUUGGAUACCACUCGGACCCUUUUACCACCAAUGCUCUUGUGGAUAUGUACGCCAAGUUGGGAAACGCCAAAGCUGCAGCUAUGGUUUUUGGAAAAAUUGCUCGACCGGAUAUCGUUUCAUGGAACUGUUUUAUUGCUGGUUGUGUUCUUCAUGGGCAUGAUAGCCGGGCAUUGGCAUUGUUGGUGGAGAUGAAGGCAUCAGGAAUGGUUCCAAAUGUGUUCACUCUGUCUAGCGUUCUUAAGGCUUGUGCAGGAACAGGGAUGCUGGAUUUAGGCAUGCAGAUACAUGGUAACUUGAUCAAGGCUGGUUCAGAUUCUGACUCAUUUGUCGGUGUUGGACUUGUUGAUAUGUAUGCAAAAUGCAAUUGUUUAGAUGAUGCAAUGAAGGCCUUUUACUUGAUCCCUGAACAGGACUUAAUAUCAUGGAAUGCUUUGAUCUCGGGGUGUUCACAUAGUGGGAGUGAUGAUGAAGCCCUCGCCUGCUUCUCUGAGAUGAGAAGAGAAGGUCUGAACUUUAACCGAACCACUCUGUCGGCAGUUCUUAAGUCCACAGCAAGCUUGCAGGCAAUUACUGUAACCAAGCAGGUGCAUGGACUCGCAACAAGAGCAGGGUUUUUGUCAGAUCCUCAUGUAGUAAAUGGUCUCGUUGAUGCAUAUGGGAAAUGCAGUUGCCUGGAGGAGGCAGGGAGAGUCUUUGAGGAAUGCCAAUCUGGUGAUGUGGUGGCUUUCACAUCUUUGAUUACAGCUCACUCCCAGAGUGGGCAAGGGGAGGAAGCUAUCAAAGUCUUCUGUGAGAUGCUAAAUCAGGACCUGAAACCAGAUUCAUUUGUUUGUAGUAGCCUUCUUAAUGCCUGUGCUAGUUUAUCUGCCUAUGAACAAGGGAAACAGAUACAUGUACAUGUGCUAAAGAUGGGGUUUAUGUAUGAUGUGUUUGCUGGGAAUGCACUCGUUAACAUGUAUGCAAAGUGUGGUAGUGUUGAAGAUGCCACCUUAGCUUUCUCUGAGAUACCAGAGAGGGGGAUUGUCUCAUGGUCUGCUAUGAUUGGAGGACUCGCCCAACAUGGGCAUGGGAAGAAGGCCUUGGAUUUAUUCUCUAAGAUGCUUGAUGAGGGUCUAUCUCCAAACCACAUUACCUUGACUAGUGUUCUUUGUGCUUGUAAUCAUGCGGGCCUUAUUGAUGAGGCAAAACAAUAUUUUGAUCUGAUGGAAGAGAUGUAUGGGGUUCAACGAACACAAGAGCAUUAUGCAUGCAUGAUUGACCUUCUUGGGCGUGCUGGUAGAUUAAAUGAAGCAAUGGAACUCGUGCAUCGUAUGCCUUUUGAAGCCAAUGCUUCAGUAUGGGGAGCACUCUUAGGGGCUUCUAGGGUUCAUGGAAAUAUAGAAUUGGGUAAACAAGCAGCUGAGAUGCUCUUUGCCCUUGAGCCUGAGAAGUCUGGAACACAUGUGCUGCUUGCAAACAUGUAUGCUUCAGCAAGCAUGUGGGACAAUGUUGCCAAAGUCAGAAGGUUGAUGAAAGAUAGCAGGGUGAAGAAGGAGCCUGCAAUGAGUUGGGUUGAAAUGAAAGACAAAAUUUAUACUUUCAUAGUGGGGGAUAGAAGUCAUGAUAGGACAGCUGAGAUAUAUGCUAAGCUAGAAGAGCUUGGGGACCUAAUGAGAAAAGCUGGAUAUGUUCCUAUGGUUGAGACUGAUCUCCAUGAUGUGGAACCAGGGGAGAAGGAAGUUCUCCUUUCUCAUCACAGUGAGAAGCUUGCUGUUGCAUUUGCAUUGAUCAGUACUCCAGCUGGAGUUCCAAUUAGAGUGAAGAAAAAUCUUCGAGUGUGUAGAGAUUGCCACACAGCAUUCAAGUUCAUAUGCAAGAUUGUUUCCACAGAGAUAGUACUUAGAGAUAUCAAUCGGUUUCAUCAUUUCAAGGAUGGGGCAUGUUCUUGUGGGGAUUAUUGGUGAUUGUGGAGUUGACUGAUACUACUUUCCUCAAGUUCAAAGAUGUGCUUUCUGGUUAACCAAUGCUAGCAGUAAGACAGAGAACAUAUUGAAGCCAAGAUUAGUGAAACAUAAUUUUUUUGAGGAUUUGGGAUGUAUCUUGCUCAGCUUCUCAGGUUGUAUGAUCAGAUAUUUCUUUCUUCUAUGAAUUAGUUUCUGGAUUAUCGAAGAACAGUAUAAUUCCUUAUGAUAUCAUCUUUCCCAAAUCAGAGUACAGAGAUCACAAGGUUUGUUAAUUUUGACCUUCCUUGAUCUUUGGUUUGCAUUUGCCAUCUUAAAUUGUCUCUUAAAAUUCUUCUUUACUAUGCUACAAUAUUGACUUCAGAUUACUUGCAUCAUACUGUUUACUGUUUUAUCUGCUUUCUCCUCUGGUUUUCAAAUCUCUGGUUAGCACAGUUUUCCAUAUACCUUUAGUGGUUUAUCCUUAAAAUGGUUGUAUCUAGGAGUGACAAAUUGUCGACUGAUGCCUUUUUUGUGUUCUCUUUAUUAGGUGUUUCCCAAGAUUUACUAGAGAGUGCAGUAAAAUCACCUAACCCUUAUUAGGUUCAAUGUUUUGGAAUAUAGGAGAUUUUACAAGACCAUAGGAUGAUGUGUAUUAUUAAAAGGUAAAAAUGACCAAAUCUUAAAUGAUUGUUGGAAUAAAUUAAGAUCAUUCCUAAUUUGUCUAUAAUGCUCUAUAUUUUUUUAUUUAUUGUGAAGCAAAGUAUGUUGCAUUUUCAUGUUUUAGAAUAUAGGAGAUUUUAAAUGACCAUAGGCAUGAUAUAAGAUUAUUUUUUAGAUGAUCAGAAUUAGUCCAAGAUUGAACUUGAGUUCUAAUUGAUAUAGCCAAAGGUAGUAAUUUUCUUAGUUGAGUUUGCUCUAUUGUGAAGUCCAUAUCAGAUCCAUCAACCCAUCAUCUUUGCUCUCCAUAUUGGUUCCAUGAGAUCCUUCUGAAUCCCCAAGCUUUUCCAGCUUUGAUUUAUUCCUAUUUUCUGGCUUCAAAAGUACUUAAAUUUGAUGCAACACCUUCUCCUUCCAUUGGAGAAAAAAAAAAUCUCAUUCUUCAGAUUUUUGUAUUUAUUAGAACUAAUAAAUAAAUACAUGGAUGCAAUUG